AUGGAGCGGGAAGCGAAGAAGAAGAACAAGAAGAAGACGACGACGACGAGAAGCCUGGCAGAGGAUCGAGGAUUGAUGUUCGCGGCCUUCGAGAAUCGUGCGCAUGACGACGACGUGGCCGAGUCCUCGUUGGAGGAAUCCUCGUAUCCACCCAGCCCUCUGCUUCACAGACCCUACAUCCCCGACGAGCUAGCUGAUAGGCCGGACAUACGUGCCGCCUUCAAGCACGCCAAGGCCCAAUACCAAGCAGAUUUAGCUUGUCGGUUUGCCUUCACAUUGGAUCGCUCCUCUUCUCUUUCGUGCCUGUCUCACGAGCAACACCUUCACCAUAUCCGUGAGCCUACAAAGGAUGCGGUGCUUUUUGCCGCCAACUCUAUCAUCACCCUCUCGUCCUAUCUUGAUGAUGAGCCGCUGAAUAGGUGUUGUGGUUUGUGGAUCCAACAGGACUACAAGAACAAUACCGCCGUGGUUUUGACGUCCGCGCAUCUCAUUCGCGCAAAGGAUCCCGACCAGUGGAUGGAUGAGUGGACGGGUGAAUAUCAUCGCAACGCUGAAGUCAUUGUUCACUUGCUUGACGACACAACUGCAGUAGCCAGUCUCCUCUACCUCCAGGAGCACUAUGAAUUUGCUCUUUACGAGGUUGUAGUGAACAAACCGGUUCAACUGUCCACUUUUAAUGACAAUGUGCACUCUGGUCAAGAUGUGUUCCGACUUGGAAGGGAUGAAAGUCUUGAUCUAAGGAUAACCCAUGGUAGGGUGGAAUACAUGAUUCCUGUCCCUUACGAGAGAUGUCACUACAUGUAUUUUUCCAACAAUGAACAUAUCUUGCGUGACGAUGGAGGCCCUAUCAUUGACUUGGAAGGGAAGGUUGUGGGAAUGGUUAACAAUCAAAUCAAUGAGACCUUUUUACCUUCUCCUAUAUUGCACAAGUGCUUGGAUUCAUGGAGAAA